AGAAGAUCAAUAGCAAAUGCGGAAAAUUGGUCUCUGUUUGAUGUCAUGGUGCUUCACCAAAUUGUGAAGUGGCGGAGAUGAGCCAGAUCCAAAUCGGCCUCCCAAAGAAGUGAAGAACCAACUUCCGAUUUGGAAGUUGUUAGUUGCAGAAAAGCAGCCAUGAAUCUCUUCACCAGGAACAGACCCACAACUCGACCAUGGCCUCUCAGAAGACACUCCUCCUCCGCCUCCCCUCUUCUCUACCUGACCCUCCUCUUCUCCCUCCUCCUCUUCCUCUCCUACUUCUUCUCUCUCAUUCCCGAUUCCCUCUUCCUCAAGACCUCACUUUCCAUUUCCCCAAAUUGCCGCUCCCUCGGAGGACAAAAGUUCCUCUGGUACGCUCCCCACAGUGGCUUCAGCAACCAGCUUACUGAGUUCAAGAACGCCCUUCUCAUGGCUGCCAUUCUGAACCGGACCUUGGUCGUCCCUCCGGUUCUCGAUCACCACGCGGUUGCUCUCGGCAGUUGCCCAAAGUUUCGGGUUUUGAGCCCUGAUGAGAUCAGGAUUUCGGUCUGGAAUCAUACGGUUGAGCUCAUUCGUAGUGGGAGGUAUGUUUCCAUGGCUGACAUUGUUGAUAUAUCAUCAUUAGUUUCUUCUUCGUUAGUUCGAGUUGUAGAUUUCAGGGUUUUCUUAUCCUCAUGGUGCAAUGUGAAUGUAGAUUUUGCUUGCAACAAUGAGUUGGAUGCACGGGCCUCUGUGUUUGAUAGACUACAGCAAUGUAGGUCUCUGCUAUCUGGGAUGGAUGGCGAUGCAAAGUGUUCAUAUGCUGUUAAUGAGGACUGCAGAACUACCGUUUGGACAUACCAAAAUGGUAAUGAGGACGGGGUAUUGGAUUCUUUCCAGCCGGAUGAACAACUAAAGAAGAAAAAGAAAAUUUCAUAUGUUAGGAAGCGGCGAAAUGUAUAUAACGCUCUUGGACCUGGUUCUGAAGCUGAAUCGGCUAUUCUGCUAGCAUUUGGGAGUCUUUUCACUGCUCCUUACAAAGGUUCGCAGCUACACAUUAGUAUCCCUGAAGCUCCGAGUGAUCGAAGGAUACAAACUUUGAUUGACAAGAUUGAAUUCCUUCGAUUUGCUCCAGAAAUCGUAAGUGCAGGAAAGAAGUAUGCUUAUGAUACUAUAAAGGCUCCUUUUCUUUGUGCACAGCUCAGAUUGCUAGACGGGCAGUUCAAGAACCACUGGAAUGCUACAUUUUUGAAGUUAAAACAAACACUGGAUGCUUUGACACAGAGCCCUCCCCCUAUUCAUAUUUUUGUGAUGACUGAUCUUCCUGAAAGUAACUGGACAGGAACUUAUUUGGGGGAAUUGGUUGAAGAUUCGCUUCAGUUUAAACUGUUCUUUCUGAAAGAAAAAGACGAGUUGAUAAUACAAACUGCUAAACAAAUUGUGGAUGCAAGUCAUGGCUUGAAGCUUGGGACUGUCCUGAAGAAUCAUGAUGGAACUGGUCAGUUUAAGAAGGUUUGCCCUCCAGGAUUGCCUGAUGUUCUUCUAUACAUAGAGCAAACAAUUUGUAGUUGUGCUUCUCUUGGAUUUGUUGGGACUGCAGGGUCAACUAUUGCGGACAUUAUAGAGUCGAUGAGGACGUUUGGUGUAUGUUCUAGCUAAUUUCUGAUUACAUUGUGAAAUGCCUAACGACAUGAGAAAUUCUAAUUCAAUGAGCUGUACGAAAGCAACUAUGGUUCAGAAGCAUGCCUGAAACUGGUCCUUUUCUUCCACUAUGAAAGCUUGAAUUCUGAGCAUGUACCUGAAUCAUAACUUACGGCACCAGCAGGCUGUCUCGACAAUCUAGGCAGGGUGCUGGAGAGCAAGGGAUUAGUUGAACAUGGUGGAAUUCAGAAACGGUUGCAGUCUUGAUGAAGGUAAUACACAUCUCACGCUCCGGUUUUGAGAAGCAAUUUGGAAUCGUCGCAUCCCUAUUCAGUUCAGUUUUGACUCGAUAACUUUCUGCUUUUGGCUUGUCGAUUGGUGCGUGGUGGUUCUUUGAGGCCAAUUUUUUGGUCAUGCCACUAAUUAUAAAGACUCUUGUUGACUUUAGAUGCAUAUUUGAAGUUCUUUAACACAAUUCAACUUUUUUAUAUGAACAUGCUCUAGUAAUGUAUAAAUUUCUUGGAACGUUAUUGUUAUCUGUAUUACUCCAAAGUGCCAAAAAGAGUAGUACUUCUACUCUCGUUUGUAAUUUUAUUUAGGGUAAAGUACAAAAAACUACCUCACGACAUUUUCCUACCUCA